GGAAGCUUCUGGAUCCUAGGCUCAUCUCCACAGAGGAGAACACACAGGCAGCAGAGACAAUGGGGCUCCUCUCAGCCCCUCCGUGCACACAGCGCAUCACCUGGAAGGGGCUCCUGCUCACAGCAUCACUUUUAAACUUCUGGAACCCACCUACCAUGGCCCAAGUCAUGAUUGAAGCCCAGCCACCCAAAGUUUCCGAGGGGAAGGAUGUUCUUCUACUUGUUCACAAUUUGCCCCAUAAUCUUGCCAGCUAUAGCUGGCGCAAAGGGCGAAUGAUGGACCUCCACAAUUACAUUACAUCAUAUGUAGUAGCCAGUCAAAUAAUUAUAUAUGGGCCUGCAUACAGUGGACGAGAAACACUAUAUUCCAAUGCAUCCCUGCUGAUCCAGAAUGUCACCCGGAAGGACGCAGGAUCCUACACCUUACACAUCAGACAGCGAGUUGAUGGGAUUAGAGGAGAAUCUGGACAUUUCACCUACACCUUAUACCUGGACUCUCUCAAGCCCUCCAUCUCCAGCAGCAACUUAAACCCCAGGGAGGACAUGGAGAUGGUGAUCUUAACCUGUGAUCCUGAGACUCCGGAUGCAAGCUACCUGUGGUGGAUGAAUGGUCAGAGCCUCCCUGUGACUCACAGGUUGCAGCUGUCUGAAACCAACAGGACCCUCUUUCUAUUUGGUGUCACAAAGGAUAUUACAGGACCCUAUGAAUGUGAAAUACGAAACCCAGUGAGUGCCAGCCGCAGUGACCCAGUCACUCUGAAUCUACUCCCGAAGCUGCCCAAGCCAUACAUCACCAUCAACAACUUAUACCCCAGGGAGAAUAAGGAUGUCUUAUCCUUCACCUGCGAACCUGAGAGUAAGAACUACACGUACAGGUGGUGGCUAAAUGGUCAGAGCCUCCCAGUCAGUCUCAGGGUAAAGCAACCCAUUGAAAACAGGAUCCUCAUUCUACCCAGUGUCAUGAGAAAUGAAACAGGACCCUAUGAAUGUGAAAUACGGGAAGGAGAUGGUGGCAUCCGCAGUAACCCAGUCACCCUGAAUGUCCUCUAUGGUCCAGACCUCCCCAGCAUUUACCCUUCAUUCGCCUAUUACCGUUCAGGAGAAAACCUCUACUUGUCCUGCUUCGCGGACUCUAACCCACCGGCAGAAUAUUCUUGGACAAUUAAUGGGAAGUUUCUGCUAUCAGGACAAAAUCUCUCUAUUCCCCAAAUUACUACAAAGCAUAGCGGGCUCUAUGCUUGCUCUGUUCGUAACUCAGCCACUGGCAUGGAAAGCUCCAGAUCCGUAACAGUCAAAGUCCCUGCUCCUUCAGGAAUAGGACGUCUUCCUGGCCAUAUUCCAUUAGAGCACCCGUGAUGUCAUUUCUGUAUUUCAGGAAGACUGGCAGAGACACAACCUUACUCUGUCCACCCAGACUGGAGUGUACUCAAUACAGACUUGAACUACUGGGCUGAAGCAGUCCUGCCACCUUAGCCUCCCAAGUAUCUGAGACUAUAGGCAUGCACCACUGCACCUGGCUAAUUUGAUUUAUUUUAUGAUUUGUAGAGACAUGGUC